CACAUGGAUAAAAGAGCCGUUUUAUAAACACAAAAGGGGAUGAUCGAUCUCGUCCACUGGGUGGCGCUUCAAGAAACGUCGCUUGGAGACCUGCUGCCACCACUGUACAUUCAUAUCGGGGGCGAACGCAUUAGUCGACAUUUAAGGCUGUCUCUCUUGACUAUGUUUUAUUGUGCGGGAAAGGCGUCGAGCGUUCUCACGCCUCGAGAUACAUCGCUUGGUAGCGUUGUAUUUUUCUACACAGAAAGAGCUUCAAGGACAUUUCAGACUCGGUUCUUGAAAGUAUUCUUUGACGCCAGGAAUGAUUCAAACGCGCUAUACGCUCAUUCUAAGGUUGAACUAGAGGGUAUUCGAGACGUUCAACUGAUGGAGAGAGCUUGUCCGAAUACAGACCAUUGAACGUACGUUUGUGGUAUUUCGAAAUGUCUAGAAGGAAUUCAAAUGGAUGAGAGACAGACCAAAUGGAGGAACUGUAAGGAAAAUGGAGAGGCAUUUUGAACCCUGAAAAGGUUGCCUCAUACAGCGUAUUGAACCUACGGCCAGUCUCGAACGAGAUGCUAUCGUACUGCGUUGGCGACAUU